UAAACUGAUACGUGGCUAAUUUGACGUGUUCUUCAUCAGUUCUGUUUUUAUCUAAAAUAUUAUAUUUAUCUAAAAAAUUAUAUUAUAACAAUGUUAAAAAGAAUCUACUUGAAUAAAUUUAAUUAUUUUAUCUACCUUAUCUUAUUACAAUUGCGUAAUACAAAUGCAAACAUUACGCCGCAUAAAAAUGCUGUUUUACUUUUAGCUGAUGAUGGUGGAUUUGAAAUGAGAUCCUAUUUGAAUAAAAUUUGCCAAACACCUAAUUUAGAUAAUUUGGCAAAAGAAAGUUUAUUAUUUAAUAAUGCAUAUUCUUCAGUCAGCAGUUGUUCUCCUAGUCGUUCCUCUUUACUUACUGGUUUACCAAGUCAUCAAAAUGGAAUGUAUGGUCUUCAUCAUGGAAUUCAUCAUUUUAAUUCAUUUGAAACAGUUCAAAGUUUACCAAAAAUAUUGAAAAAAAAUAAUAUAAGAACAGGUAUUAUUGGUAAAAAACAUGUAGGUCCAAGCAAUGUCUAUCCAUUUGAUUUUUCACAAACAGAAGAAAAUAAUUCUAUACUUCAAGUUGGUCGAAACAUUACUAAAAUUAAACUUUUAGUUAGAGAAUUUUUGUCUCAGAAUAAAACAAAGCCCUUUUUUUUAUAUAUUGGAUUUCAUGAUCCUCAUCGAUGUGGUCAUACACAUCCAGAAUAUGGAAAUUUUUGUGAAAAAUUUGGUAAUGGAGAUAUAGGUAUGGGUACUAUUCCUGAUUGGAAUCCAAUAUAUUAUCAAUGGGAACAAGUAAAAGUUCCAUAUUUUGUUCAAAAUACAGAAGCAGCUAGAAGAGAUAUUGCUGCUCAAUAUACAACCAUUUCUCGUUUAGAUCAAGGUAUAGGAUUAAUUUUAAAAGAAUUGGAAGAUGCUGGUUUUAAACAUAACACAUUAGUGAUUUAUACAUCUGAUAAUGGUAUACCAUUUCCAAAUGGUCGAACAAAUUUAUAUGAACCAGGAUUAGCAGAACCUAUGAUGAUUAGGUCUCCAAUUCCUAAUCACAGAAAAAAUAGUAUAACACAUAGUUUAACAUCUUUAUUGGAUAUUGUACCAACAUUAUUAGAUUGGUUUAACAUACCAUAUAUGGAUCCAUUUGAUACAAAUGAAGCAUCUGUUCCUUUCUUGACUGGAAAAUCUCUUCUUCCCCUUCUUAUUCAAGAACCUAUAGAAAAUAAUACAGCUAUUUUCGCCAGUCAAACACAUCAUGAAGUUACUAUGUAUUAUCCCAUGCGUGCAAUUAGAACCAAAAGAUAUAAACUUAUACAUAAUAUUAAUUACAAAAUGCCAUUUCCAAUUGAUCAAGAUUUUUAUGUUUCACCAACAUUUCAGGAUCUUUUGAAUAGAACUAGAAAUAAACAACCACUUCCAUGGUAUAAAACAUUAGAAAAUUAUUAUGAAAGACCAGAAUGGGAAUUAUAUGAUCUAAAAUAUGAUCCAGAGGAAAAAAAUAAUAUUGCUUCUAAAUCAUCAGUAAAAAAUAUAUUCAAUGAUUUACAAGAAAGAUUAUUAAAAUGGCAGAAAAUAACCAAUGAUCCUUGGCUUUGCGCACCUACAGGAGUUCUCAAUGAUAUUAAAACUAAAGAACCACAAUGUAUGCCUCUUCAAAAUUUAAUUUAA